AUAUUGUUCCAGAGCUUAUUGAAAAAUUCUUUCAGAAACCUUUACAACCAGGGCAUCCAGUGUCUUUGAAAUGUGUAGCUAAGGGGACUCCAAAGCCCCAGAUAUCCUGGUACCUAGACGAAACUCCAGUUGUCCGAACUGGAAGAAUAAUUGUUGCAGAUUUUGUAAAUACAGAUGGAGCGGUAGUGAGUUACGUUAAUAUAUCGAAUGUUCAAGUUGAAGAUGGAGGGAAUUAUGAGUGUGUAGCUAGAAAUGGUGCAGGAACAGCAGCUUACGUCGAAAGGGUUGAUGUUUAUGGCUUACCUUUUGUUCGACCAUUUAGAAAUAUUACAGUUGUUGCCAAGAAAACAAUGAUAGUUCAUUGUCACGUUGCUGGAUAUCCAAUUGAUUCUAUUCAUUGGGAGAAAGAUAGUCGCCGUUUGCCAUUCAACCAUAGACAAAAAGUGCAUAAUAACGGAACCUUACAAAUCAGAAAUCUAGAUGAUAAAGAAGACGAAGGAGUGUACACUUGUGUUGCACGAAAUAACCGAAGCCAAAGUGCCAGGGCCUACUUUUACGCUAAUGUCAAAG